AUGGACCUGACCUGCUGUCUGGAGAAAGCUGCUAAAUAUGAUGAUAUCAAGGAGGUGGUGAAGCAAGCAUCCGAGGGCCCUCUAAAGGGCAUCCUGGGCUAUAGUGAGGAUCAGGUCAUCUCCUGUGACUUUGACAGUGAAACCCACUCUUCUACCUUUGAUGCCGGGGCUGACAUGGCCUUCAACAACCACUUUGUCAAGCUCAUUUCCUGGUAUGACAAUUAA